AAUCUGAGUAAAAGAGUCUGUGUCAACAGACUUUUUGCACCCACAUCGAGUCCACAGUUUUUCUCUCUCUGUCCCAAAUUCAGACACAAAUCCUCCAACGAAAAACAUUUCUCAAAGUCUCUCUCAAACCCCCAAAAUCAAAAUGGAGCCAAACCCCAGCCGAGCCGAAGCCGACCGCCUCCUGGGCAUCGCCGAGAAGCUCCUCCAGGCCAAGGACUUCAACGGAUCCCGAGACUUCGCCGUCCUCGCCCAGGAGACCGACCCCUUGCUCGACGGCCCCGACCAGAUCCUCGCCGUCGUCGACGUCCUCAUCGCCUCCCAGAAGCGCAUCAACAACCACCCCGACUACUACUCCCUCCUCCAGGUCGACCACCGCCACCGCUCCGACCUCGACCUCGUCAAGAAGCACUACCGCCGCCUCGCCUUCCUCCUCCACCCCGACAAGAACCGCUUCGCCUUCUCCGACGCCGCCUUCCGCCUCGUCGCCGAGGCCUGGGCCGUCCUCUCCGACUCCGUCAAGAAGCUCAGCUUCGACAACGAGCUCAAUUUCUACUCCAAGGUCGAUCUCGUCCCCACCACCACCGUCAUGAAGAACAAUGUCAAUCAAACUACCCCCUCCUCCUCCUCCGCGGCCGCUGCAGCGGCGCGCAGGGAUCAUCAAGAUCCGAUGCAGCAGAAUAAGUUGCCCGUGCGCAGGAGCUCCCCCUGGGCCGCGGCUCCUGCGCCUGAGAGGGGGAGCAGUUCCGGUGGAGGCGGAGGCGGAGGAGGUGGAGGUAGUAAUAAUACUAGCGAUAAUAGUAAUAAUUUCUGGACGGCGUGUCCGUACUGUUAUAAUCUGUACGAGUACCCUAGGGUUUUUGUGGACUGCUGUUUGAGGUGUCAGAACUGCGACAGGGCGUUUCACGCCGCCUCGAUCGCGGAGUUGCCGCCCAUUGUGCCGGGGAAGGAGGCCUACCAUUGCUGUUGGGGGUUCUUUCCCAUGGGGUUUACCGUUGUGAAUGGGGUGGAGGAUGGUGGUGGUGGUGGUGGUGGGAAGAUGAAGGCGGCCGCGGCGAAGGCGGUUCCUAAUUGGACUCCUGCACCCGCGGCCGCACCUCCUCCACCACCCCCACCAGCGCCAGUGGUGCCGGAGGUUUUGGUGAAUGCUACUCCCGCGGCGGGUGCUAAGAAGAGGGGGAGGCCUAAGAGAAAUGUGGUCUAGGGUUCGAGGGAUUGGUGAUUCAGUUACUGUGGAGGGUUGAGGAAAAUGUGCUCUAGGGUUUUGCGGAUCAGUGAUUCAGUUAAUGUGGAGUGGGGUUUGGUUUCAGAACUGGCUCAAAUCCAAAUUGUUAGAAGUUUAGGAGGCUGAAGCUGCUCAAAUUGGUAAGUUCGUAUCAUAGGUUCUUGUAGAUGUUGUUGCUGUUGUUGUUUGUAGAAUUUUAGACAUUUUCUGUGGCUUAUUUUGUUUUUGCUGAAUUGUCUCAACUUUGUAAUCUAUAUUGGAGAAGAAUGUGAAGCUGGCCGAUGAAAUUGGGCUGUAUUUUGUUGAAUGGAAAUUGGCUUAACAAA